UAGUCUGGUGAACGCCCCUUGUCAUGCGCGAGCGCCGGACUGACCUAACAUCUAGCUUAGCAAACGCACGCGGCUGAAACCAUACCGGCUGUACAAACGCGUGAAUUUUGUAACUCGUUGAUGCUGUGCACGAGGUGAUUGCCAUAUUUCAAGAUGGCAGCCCUUGUAGGUGGCUACCCUUUAGCCCCUCCAGGGACCUACCCACCUCAACCAAGUGUAGUGCCUCAGGAAGUACCAAGCUACAUGACAGAGGACAAACUCCAAGAAAAAGCUCGAAAAUGGCAGCAGUUGCAAUCCAAGCGUUAUGCCGAGAAGAGAAAGUUUGGAUUUGUCGAUGCGCAGAAGGAAGACAUGCCCCCUGAGCAUGUGCGUAAGAUCAUCCGUGACCAUGGAGACAUGACUAACAGGAAGUUCAGACAUGACAAGAGAGUAUACUUGGGAGCUCUGAAGUACAUGCCUCACGCUGUGCUGAAGCUGAUUGAGAACAUGCCUAUGCCGUGGGAGCAGAUUCGUGACAUCAACGUCCUGUACCACAUCACUGGAGCGAUAUCGUUUGUCAACGAGGUGGCUAGGGUCAUUGAACCAGUCUACAUUGCACAGUGGGGGAGCAUGUGGAUCAUGAUGAGACGUGAGAAGCGUGACCGACGUCACUUCAAGCGCAUGCGUUUCCCUCCCUUUGACGAUGAGGAGCCCCCGUUGGACUACGCAGACAACAUUCUGGACGUGGAGCCCCUGGAGCCAAUCAACAUGGAGCUGGAUCCGGAGGAGGACGGCCCAGUCUAUGAGUGGUUCUAUGAUCACAAGCCACUCAUUGACUCAGUCAACGUGAAUGGCACCAGCUACAAGAGUUGGCGUCUAACGUUGCCCAUGAUGUCCACCGUCUACCGUCUGGCUAAUCAGCUCUUGACAGACCUCAUGGAUGACAACUACUUCUACCUGUUUGAUCUCAAGUCCUUCUUCACCUCCAAGGCUCUCAACAUGGCCAUCCCAGGGGGUCCCAAGUUCGAGCCGUUGGUGCGGGAUGCCACGCUUCUUGAUGAGGAUUGGAACGAGUUCAACGAUGUCAACAAGAUCAUCAUCAGACAACAGAUCCGUACAGAGUACAAGAUAGCAUUCCCUUAUCUGUAUAACAACCUACCGUAUUAUGUCCAGCUGACGUGGUACCAUACUCCUAGUGUUGUGUUCAUCAAGACCGAGGAUCCUGAUCUACCAGCUUUCUACUUUGAUCCUCUUGUCAACCCAAUCUCACACAGACACAGUGGAAAGGUGGUUGAGCCCCUGCCAGAUGACGACGAGGAGUUUGAGCUGCCAGACUACGUCCAACCCUUCCUGCAGGACAGACCUCUGUACACAGACAACACGGCCAAUGGCAUUGCCUUACUCUGGGCACCGAGACCAUUCAAUCUGCGCUCUGGCAGGCAUAGACGAGCUGUGGAUAUACCGCUGGUCAAAUCAUGGUACCGUGAGCACUGCCCAAGCGGUCAGCCAGUCAAAGUGCGUGUCUCCUACCAGAAACUGCUAAAGAUCUACGUCUUGAAUGCCCUCAAACACCGACCACCAAAGUCACAGAAGAAGAGGUACCUGUUCCGGUCCUUCAAGGCCACCAAGUUCUUCCAGUCCACCACCUUGGACUGGGUAGAGGUGGGGCUGCAGGUGUGUAGGCAGGGCUACAACAUGCUCAACCUGUUGAUCCAUCGCAAGAACCUCAACUAUCUCCAUCUGGAUUACAACUUCAAUCUCAAGCCUGUCAAGACACUCACCACCAAGGAGCGUAAGAAGUCUCGGUUCGGCAACGCCUUCCAUCUGUGUCGUGAGAUCCUUCGCCUGACCAAGCUGAUUGUGGACAGCCAUGUGCAGUACAGACUGGGCAAUGUAGACGCAUUCCAGCUGUCAGAUGGCCUGCAGUACGUCUUUGCCCACGUGGGUCAGCUGACCGGUAUGUACCGCUACAAGUACAAGCUGAUGAGACAGAUCCGAAUGUGUAAAGACAUCAAGCAUCUCAUCUACUACCGCUUCAACACGGGCCCGGUAGGCAAGGGUCCUGGCUGUGGCUUCUGGGCUCCAGGCUGGCGGGUCUGGGUCUUCUUCCUCCGUGGCAUCACACCGCUCCUGGAGAGAUGGCUGGGCAAUCUCCUGUCCAGACAGUUUGAAGGAAGACAUUCCAAGGGGGUGACUAAGACGGUCACCAAGCAGCGUGUGGAGAGCCACUAUGACUUGGAGCUCAGGGCUUCGGUGAUGCACGACAUCCUGGACAUGAUGCCUGAGGGUAUCAAGCAGAACAAGGCUCGUACCAUCCUGCAGCAUCUAAGUGAGGCAUGGCGUUGCUGGAAAGCCAACAUUCCAUGGAAGGUCCCAGGCCUGCCCACACCCAUUGAGAACAUGAUCCUCCGCUACGUCAAGUCCAAGGCAGACUGGUGGACCAAUACGGCUCACUACAACCGAGAGCGUAUCCGACGCGGGGCCACUGUGGAUAAGACCGUCUGUAAGAAGAACCUGGGCAGACUGACCCGUCUGUACCUGAAGGCUGAACAGGAGAGACAGCACAACUACCUGAAGGAUGGUCCAUACAUCACAGCAGAGGAAGCCGUAGCCAUCUACACCACCACAGUCCAUUGGUUGGAGAGUCGUCGAUUCUCUCCCAUCCCCUUCCCUCCUCUCUCCUACAAACACGACACCAAGCUGCUGAUCCUGGCUCUGGAGAGACUCAAGGAAGCUUACAGUGUGAAGAGUCGUUUGAACCAAUCCCAGCGAGAGGAAUUGGGUCUGAUAGAGCAGGCCUAUGACAACCCUCAUGAGGCUCUCAGUCGUAUCAAACGUCAUCUCCUAACCCAGCGUGCCUUCAAAGAGGUGGGUAUAGAGUUCAUGGAUCUGUACAGCCACCUGAUCCCAGUCUAUGACGUAGAGCCUCUUGAGAAGAUCACCGAUGCCUACCUGGACCAGUAUCUGUGGUAUGAAGCCGACAAGAGAAGGCUGUUUCCUCCAUGGAUCAAGCCAGCAGACACUGAGCCUCCACCGCUACUAGUCUACAAAUGGUGCCAAGGCAUCAACAACCUACAGGAUGUGUGGGACACAUCGGAGGGUGAGUGCAACGUCAUGAUGGAGUCUCGCUUUGAGAAGAUGUACGAGAAGAUUGAUCUGACUCUCCUCAAUCGACUGCUGCGGCUUAUAGUUGAUCACAACAUUGCUGAUUACAUGACGGCCAAGAACAACGUCGUCAUCAACUACAAGGACAUGAACCACACCAAUUCCUAUGGCAUCAUCAGAGGUCUGCAGUUUGCCUCCUUCAUUGUGCAGUACUAUGGUCUGGUACUCGACCUUCUGGCAUUGGGUCUGCACAGGGCUAGUGAAAUGGUCGGACCCCCGCAGAUGCCGAACGAUUUCUUGCAGUUCCAGGAUGUUGCCACGGAAACAAGCCAUCCAAUCCGACUCUAUUCCAGAUACAUCGACAGGGUUCACAUUUUCUUCAGAUUCACUGCUGAGGAGGCUCGUGAUCUGAUCCAGCGGUACCUGACGGAGCAUCCGGAUCCUAACAAUGAGAACAUUGUGGGUUACAAUAACAAGAAAUGCUGGCCUAGAGACGCUAGGAUGAGACUUAUGAAGCAUGAUGUCAACCUUGGCCGUGCCGUCUUCUGGGACAUGAAGAACCGUCUGCCGCGCUCCAUCACCACCUUCCAGUGGGAGGCUAGCUUUGUCUCCGCCUACAGUAAGGACAACCCUAACUUGCUCUUCAACAUGUCCGGCUUUGAGUGCCGGAUCCUGCCAAAGUGUCGGACGACGUCGGAUGAGUUCACCCACAAAGACGGCAUCUGGAACCUGCAGAAUGAGGUGACUAAGGAGCGUACAGCCCAGUGUUUCCUGAGAGUAGAUGAGGAGUCCAUGCAGCGAUUCCACAACAGAGUCCGACAGAUCCUCAUGGCAUCCGGCUCAACGACCUUCACCAAGAUUGUCAACAAGUGGAACACAGCGUUAAUCGGCCUGAUGACCUACUACCGUGAGGCAGUAGUCAACACACAGGAGCUCCUAGAUCUGCUGGUCAAAUGCGAGAACAAGAUCCAGACACGUAUCAAGAUUGGCCUGAACUCUAAGAUGCCUAGUCGCUUCCCACCGGUCGUCUUCUAUACACCCAAGGAGCUGGGUGGGUUGGGCAUGCUGUCUAUGGGACACGUGCUCAUACCACAGUCUGACCUGAGGUGGUCCAAGCAGACAGACGUCGGCAUCACUCACUUCCGUUCUGGUAUGAGCCACGAUGAAGACCAGUUGAUUCCCAACUUGUACCGCUACAUCCAGCCCUGGGAGAGUGAGUUCAUUGACUCACAGAGAGUCUGGGCCGAGUAUGCGCUGAAGAGACAGGAGGCUAAUGCACAAAACAGACGUCUGACUCUGGAGGAUCUAGAGGAUUCCUGGGACCGUGGCAUACCUCGCAUCAACACACUGUUCCAGAAGGACCGACACACCCUGGCCUAUGAUAAGGGCUGGAGAGUCCGCACAGACUUCAAGCAAUACCAGGUCCUGAAGCAAAACCCCUUCUGGUGGACCCACCAACGCCACGACGGCAAGCUGUGGAAUCUCAACAACUACCGGACAGACAUGAUCCAGGCGCUGGGCGGAGUAGAGGGAAUCCUGGAACACACGCUGUUCAAGGGAACCUACUUCCCGACCUGGGAAGGUCUCUUCUGGGAGAAGGCCAGUGGUUUUGAGGAGUCCAUGAAGUACAAGAAGCUGACCAAUGCCCAGCGAUCCGGUCUGAACCAGAUCCCUAACCGUCGUUUCACACUCUGGUGGUCACCGACCAUCAACAGAGCUAAUGUGUAUGUAGGUUUCCAGGUGCAGCUGGAUCUGACAGGCAUCUUCAUGCACGGCAAGAUCCCUACCCUCAAGAUCUCACUCAUCCAGAUCUUCAGGGCUCACUUGUGGCAGAAGAUUCACGAGAGUGUGGUCAUGGACUUGUGUCAGGUAUUUGACCAGGAGCUGGAUGCCCUGGAGAUUGAGACAGUACAGAAGGAAACCAUCCAUCCCAGGAAGUCUUACAAGAUGAACAGCUCCUGCGCUGAUAUCCUGCUCUUUGCCUCCUACAAGUGGAAUGUCUCACGGCCCUCACUCCUAGCUGAUAGCAAGGACACUAUGGACAGCAGCACCACCCAGAAGUACUGGCUGGACAUCCAGCUACGAUGGGGUGACUAUGACUCCCAUGACAUUGAGCGUUACUCUAGAGCCAAGUUUCUGGACUACACCACGGAUAACAUGAGUAUCUACCCCUCACCUACUGGGGUGCUUCUGGCCAUUGACUUGGCUUACAAUCUCCACAGUGCCUUUGGAAACUGGUUCCCGGGCAGCAAGCCUCUGAUCCAGCAAGCCAUGGCUAAGAUCAUGAAGGCCAACCCUGCCCUGUACGUGCUGCGGGAACGCAUCCGUAAGGGUCUACAGCUGUACUCCUCAGAGCCUACCGAGCCUUACCUAUCCUCACAGAACUACGGCGAGCUGUUCUCUAAUCAGAUCAUCUGGUUUGUGGAUGACACCAAUGUCUACAGAGUCACCAUUCACAAGACCUUUGAAGGCAACCUGACCACCAAGCCCAUCAACGGAGCCAUCUUCAUCUUCAACCCUCGCACCGGUCAACUCUUCCUGAAGAUCAUCCACACCUCGGUCUGGGCCGGCCAGAAACGUCUGGGUCAGCUGGCCAAGUGGAAGACAGCCGAGGAAGUAGCAGCCUUGAUCCGAUCACUGCCAGUAGAGGAGCAGCCCAAACAGAUCAUUGUGACCAGGAAGGGCAUGUUGGACCCGCUGGAGGUUCACUUGCUAGACUUUCCCAACAUCGUCAUCAAAGGCAGCGAGCUGCAGCUGCCCUUCCAGGCCUGCCUGAAGGUAGAGAAGUUUGGGGACCUGAUCCUGAAGGCCACUGAGCCUCAGAUGGUUCUCUUCAAUCUCUAUGAUGAUUGGCUCAAGACCAUCUCAUCGUACACGGCUUUCUCUCGUCUGAUCCUGAUCCUGCGUGCCCUGCACGUCAACAACGACCGCACCAAGGUGAUCCUGAAACCCGACAAGACCACCAUCACAGAGCCUCAUCACAUCUGGCCUACGCUGACCGACGAGGAAUGGAUCAAGGUGGAAGUCACACUGAAAGAUCUCAUCCUGGCUGACUACGGAAAGAAGAACAAUGUGAACGUGGCCUCCCUGACCCAGUCUGAGAUCAGAGACAUCAUCCUGGGCAUGGAGAUAUCUGCCCCCUCCCAGCAGCGUCAGCAGAUUGCCGAGAUAGAGAAGCAGACCAAGGAACAGUCACAGCUGACCGCUACCACCACCAAGACUGUCAACAAACAUGGCGAUGAGAUAAUCACCUCCACCACCAGCAACUACGAGACGGCCACCUUCUCCUCUAAGACCGAGUGGCGGGUCCGUGCCAUCUCGGCCACCAAUCUCCAUCUUCGCACCAACCACAUCUACGUGUCUUCAGAUGACAUCAAGGAGACGGGCUUUACGUACAUCCUGCCCAAGAAUGUCCUCAAGAAGUUCAUCACAAUCUCUGAUCUCCGGGCUCAGAUCUCUGGCUAUCUGUAUGGUGUCAGCCCUCCAGACAACCCCCAAGUCAAGGAGAUCAGAUGCAUCGUCAUGGUUCCUCAAUGGGGUACCCACCAGACCGUCCAUCUACCCAAUCAGCUGCCGGACCAUGAGUUCCUGAAGGAGAUGGAGCCCUUAGGCUGGGUGCACACCCAACCCAAUGAGCAACCCCAGCUGUCUCCUCAAGACGUCACCACCCAUGCCAAGAUCAUGGCUGAUAACCCCACAUGGGAUGGAGAGAAAACAAUCGUCAUUACAUGCAGCUUUACCCCUGGUUCCUGUUCCCUGACUGCUUACAAGCUGACCCCUAGCGGCUACGAGUGGGGACGCUCCAAUACCGACAAGGGUAACAACCCUAAAGGUUACCUGCCCUCCCACUAUGAGAGGGUGCAGAUGCUGCUGUCUGAUCGCUUCCUGGGCUUCUUCAUGGUGCCAGCACAGGGCUCCUGGAACUACAACUUCAUGGGUGUACGCCACGACCCUGGCAUGCGCUAUGAUCUGCAGCUAGCCAACCCCAAGGAGUUCUACCAUGAGGUCCACCGCCCCUCCCACUUCCUGAACUUCAGCACCUUGGAGGAGAGUAGUGACCUGAUGGGCAGCGACAGAGAGGACAUGUACAAGUAGUCAGACACUCAAAAGAGUCAAGGUGUAGAAUGGAUGGCUUACAAGGAGGGCGAUUAUAAAGUGGGUAGGGCUAAAAGAGUGUGAUGAGCUGGUUUGAUUCAGCGAAGGUCCAACUGAAUUUUAUGAAAUAUUUUGGGAGAGCUGUAACUUCAGUGAGGAGCACUAGAUGAGAUUAGUUGUGCCCAUACAAAGUUUGAAGACAAAUCAUGAGGGGGUUGGGGGGUUGGAAAUCUAGGUUUACUAUUAACGCCUGAUGAAAUCCAGUAGUGUUGUUUAGCAGAAGUAAUCUAUAUACGCCGCUAUAUCGAACAUCACGAGAUCCACAGAAAACGUUUGUAACAGCAAUCGUUCAUUGUAGUGAUUUUAAGCUGCCGGUGUUCAGUGUUCAAUAAAUAAAUAACAUGCUCUGGUUACUGAAAGACAACUUUAAACAUGUGCCAACUAUCGAAUUAUGUAAUUACAUAGAUUUUGAGCUUACUACCCAGAGCAACGGGUGUCGUACCCCUUCUAUUCCUUGGGGAAAUUAUAUCGCUCUUCUGUUGACAUUUUUCAACAACAGUAUUUGGUACACUUUGUUAAAAAAAAUAUUGGGAGCCAAGGAUGAUGUUGGGUAUAGCCGAAUGUUCGGUAUAGCGGUGUUCGGUACAGCGACGUUGCACUGUAUUUGCAAUUUGAUGAAAAGAAAGCAACAAAGAGGAAAGAUUCACAUGACACUUAAAUCUAGGUGUGGAAAGAUAAAGUGACAUUAGUUUAAAGCCUAAAAAUUGUCAUUUUGACUUCAUUAAAGGUAUUGAAGAUGUAAUGAGAAAGGUAAAUUUUUACUACUGUUGCACUGUUAAAAAAAAUGACUGUACGAUUUAACCUUGGAAGACAUGAGUGAUAAGUUGUUAUUUUUAAUUUAACCAUCAAUGGAGGAUGUUUGUAAGAUCCAGGAAUAGGAAGGUUGAUUGCAUUUGAAUGGAAACAUCAUGGCAGAUUUCUUGGACAAGAGUAUACAUUCUUUGUACUGUAGUAAUGGAACUGGCUCCAAGAUGUGUACAAAGUAGUUUUUUUGGAGUAAAUGAUGUUGAAUAUCUGAGCCAGAUAGGCUUCCUUGUUACCGUGCUUUGCAUUCAGAAUUUUUGUAUACUUAAAGCAACAGAUGAAUUUUUAACUUUUUCUUGAAGCUUUCAAUUUCAAGGGAAUACUUUAUUUGUUGAAGCUGAACAUUUUGUCGCGUCCAUGCAACAUGUCCUGUGUCCUAAAGUGGCAUGAACAUAAAACGUGAGUGUAAGACUGUCGAAAGGUCGUAUCUCGCUUAAAAUAACCCAGAUGUACACGCAAAGUCAUAAGACGUCGAGAUACGACCUUGUUGCACGGAGCGUAUAUUCGCGUGAGAUAAGACUUUGUUGCAGAAUCGAGUUACAACCUUGUUGCACUGACGCGACCAUUUGUUGUAUCAUUAGUGUUUUUAUUAAUGAAAGAGAUAUGAAGAUUUAACAAAGUAAUUGGCUUAGCAGAAACUGCCCAUUCAAAUUUGUUAUAAUGACCCAAGAAAAAUAAAUUCAAACGAUAUUGCCGAAGUCUUAGCGAAGCAUUUUAUAUCAUCAACAUUCUGUCAAAAUAGAAUUGCAUUCACUUAGUGUGGGAAACAGUUGAGGAGUUAGAGACAGCAUAAUAAUUAUGUUCAUUUGUGUUUCGUUUCAUUGAAACUGAAAGAUAUACCAAAUUGCCUUGCAUUUUUUUUUAACUUGACUUAUAAAAUUAAUGUAUUGUAUGGUUUGUGUUUUGGCGCUCUUUUCGUGUUAGUCAGUGAAUCAUCUUUUAAUUUGCCUGUCGACGAUUCAAAAUUUAUUUUGUCCUUUUAUUUUUGGGUUUUCUUUGGUUCCUCGUAAUUAUUUUAGCACGGUACUUACUGUAAAUAUAUUGUAGCGUCAUGGUUUCUUUUCAACAUUAAAUGAUUUGGAUGUGUACACACAA